AGCAAUGACAAGGAGACAGUGGUUGGGAGAAUCAAUGAGACUCACAUCUUCAAUGGAAGUAACUGGAUCAUGCUGAUAUAUAAAGGGGGCGAUGAAUAUGACAACCACUGUGGCAAAGAGCAGCGCCGUGCAGUGGUGAUGAUCUCCUGCAAUCGGCACACACUAGCGGCUAAUUUUAACCCAGUGUCUGAGGAACGAGGCAAAGUCCAGGAUUGCUUCUACCUCUUUGAGAUGGAUAGCAGCCUGGCCUGUUCACCAGAGGUCUCACACCUCAGUGUGGGCUCGAUCUUACUUGUCAUAUUUGCAUCGUUGGUUGCUGUCUAUAUCAUUGGGGGUUUCUUAUACCAGAGACUGGUAGUGGGGGCCAAGGGAAUGGAGCAGUUUCCUCAUCUGGCCUUCUGGCAGGAUCUUGGCAACCUAGUAGCUGAUGGUUGUGACUUUGUGUGCCGUUCCAAACCCCGCAAUGUGCCUGCAGCAUAUCGUGGAGUGGGGGAUGACCAGCUGGGGGAGGAGUCGGAAGAAAGGGAUGAUCAUCUGCUACCAAUGUGAUUGCACUUUAAUGUCUA